AUGCCCCCACCCAAAACCUUCACAACCACAAUAAUAGGCGGCGGCAUAGGCGGCCUAACCCUAGCAAUAGGCCUCCUCCGCCGCGGCGUCCCCGUCCAAAUCUACGAAGCAGCCUCCUCAUUCCAAGAAAUCGGCCUCGGCCUCUCAAUCGGCCCAGCCGCCCACCGCGCCCUCCCCCUCCUAGACCCCCAAAUCCGCCAAAUCUACGACACCCUCGUAACCACCCACGCCGACAGCCCAGGCUACGCCUCCUUCCACGACACAUGGUUCGAGAUCGUCUGGGCCGCAGGCCCACACGAGGGCAACCUCUUAAUGGACCUCAAGGCCCAGCCAUCAGGACAAACGACGGUGCGCAGGUCGGAUUUCCUCGCUGCGCUGGUUAGUCUUGUGCCGGUCGAGAUUGUGCAUUUCGGGAAGCGGCUUGAGAGGGUGGAGGGGAACGGCGAUCCAGGCGCGGAUGGAGCUACGGGUAAUGAUACAGGUAGUAGGAGUAGUAAAGUGGGAUUGAUAUUUGAUGAUGGCACACAUGUCCACGCUGACGUGGUGAUCGGGUGCGAUGGGAUUAAGUCCAAGGUCAAGGAGUCUGUGUUCCCGGCUUCGGGGCACGCGGUCUAUAGCGGCAUGUAUGGGUAUCGGGCUGUGCUUGAGAUGGAGGAUAUGGUGCGUGCGGUCGGGGAGCAGAGGGCUAGGGUGUCUACUUUGUACCUUGGGGAUGGGGUGUAUGGGAUCUCGUACCCGAUUAUGCGGGCGAAGAAGGUGAAUGUGGGACUUUAUGUUUUGCAGGAGAACUGGGAUUGCGAGACUUGGGUGCGGGGGGCGGAGAGGGAGGAUAUGCGGCGGGAUGCGAGGGGGAUGGGGCGGUAUUGGGGGGAGUUGGUUGAGCAUAUGCCCGAUCCAUCGCAAUGGGCAAUCUUCGAGCAUCCGCCUCUUGAAAGAUUCUGGCAGUCGCGUGUUGCGAUUCUGGGUGAUGCGGCUCAUGCGUCGACGCCACAUCAGGGUGCUGGCGCUGGGCAAGCGAUUGAAGAUGCGCAUGUUUUGGCGGAACUUCUCGGUGAUGAACGAGUCAUAUCGGCUAAUGAUGUCGAGGCGGCGUUUCGGGCAUACGACGAGAUUAGGCGGCCUCGUAGCCAGCGGGUUGUGACUAGUAGUAAAGAGAAUGCGUAUCUGCUUUGUUUGUGCUUGGAUGGAGUGGGGAAUGACGAAGAGAAGCUGCGCAAUAGUUUCCAAGAGCGGAUGAAGUGGCUUUGGGAUUUGGAUGUGCAAGAUCAGGUGGAGCAGGCUCGGGAGAAGAUGAUUAGUUAUCUGGGAUGA